GUGGAAAAGGUUAAAAUAUACAAUAAUCAUAUGUUUUAUUGGAAGCUAAUAUCUGGGAUUUUCCGAGUAUGUUGGUAUUUCCUAUGGUUUCACAUGUGCAUGCAUUCUACUAGUUUUGUUUGUGUGUGGCAGUAGUUGUUACCACUGGGAUGAGCGUUCAUUUAUGAAAUUGGUCAAUUGAAUAAGAUAGAUGAUUAAAGAGCGAAAGUCUGUGUUAUGCAAAUAUUUAUUGUAUUUUUAUAAGCACUUUUAGUUAUGAGUUGAUUUUAAAAUUGAUAUUAAACUCUCCUCUGUGAUAAGACGUGUUUGUUAUUUGCACCUAACCUCGAAGUGAUGUAUUGUUAGUGUUUAUCGUGAAUAAAGUUGUAGCGUUUGUGAAAAUCAAGCGUUAUGUCAGAGAAAACAGAGGAAGAUUUAAAUCAAAAGGACUCUCAGGUAGUGAAUGACAGUGAAAGCGAAGAUAAACUUGAAAAAAGCACCACAGAGUGCAAUGACGUUCCCAAUACGUUAGACUCGAGCGACCCUAACCAAGAACACAAUAAAAAUGUACAUUAUGAAGGUGAAACUUGCAUCUACACAGACCCUGAAUCUAAGUAUCAGUAUGUAUGGAUUUCAGAAAAAAACAAAUGGGUCCCGAGAUCCGACAGUACGGAAAAAGGGGAGAAAAUUUCAGAAGCCGAUUCAAAUUCUCUGCCGAACACCGUUUCUGAUAAAGAUUAUAAGUUUGAUGGAGAAUCGUAUGUAUAUGUCGACAAACAGACCGGUGUGACGUAUAAAUAUGAUACUGCUAGAAACAAAUGGAUAGAAAAAACAAAUUCAACUAUUUCAAAGAAGAAGAAAGAGGGGAGUGUUGAAUCAGACAGUGAUGAAGACAGCUCCCCUGAUAAUGUUGUUAGACAAGAUAUGAGUGGUCACUAUAGUUUUGAUGGGGAUUCUCAUCUUUACACAGAUCCAAAUGAUGGGACAGUGUAUUUGUGGGAUCGAGAAAAGAAUGCAUGGUUCCCGAAGGUUGAUGAAGAUUUUCUCGCCCAUUAUCAAAUGAAUUAUGGUUUCAUUGAAGCAAAAGAUGUUCCCGAAAGUAAGGAGAAGGAAAAGCAGAAGGAAGAGAAAGAGGAUGAGAGUUCAGCAAAUGAAGAGGAAUUGAAGAGGAAAGCGGCACCUAAAGAACCAGCUUGGUUUGACAUGGAUGAUCAAUUUAAUACUAAAGUAUAUGUAAGUAAUCUUCCUUUGGAUAUUACUGAAGAGGAAUUUGUUGCUCUAAUGCAAAAAUGUGGUCUUGUUAUGAGAGACAUAGAAACUGGAAAGAUGAAGGUGAAGCUGUACACUGAACCUGGAACAACUCAUCUGAAAGGCGAUGCUCUUUGCACAUACAUAAAGGUUGAAUCCGUUGAGCUAGCAUUGAAACUUCUGGAUGGCAGUGAUCUUCGAGGCAAAAAAUUAAAAGUGGAACGCGCCAAGUUCCAAAUGAAAGGUGAAUUCAAUCCAAACCUGAAGCCAAGAAAACGCCGAAAGAAAGAUAAGGAAAAAUUGAAGAAAAUACAAGAAAAGUUAUUAGAUUGGCGUCCAGAUAAGCUUCGUGGCGAGCGUUCAAAACAUGAACGUGUCGUUAUUGUAAAAAAUCUUUUUGACCCUGCUAUUUUUGAGAAGGAAGUAGCGCUCAUCCUGGAAUAUCAGCAAGAUCUGCGAGAAGAAUGUUCGAAGUGUGGUGAUGUGAAGAAGGUUAUUAUUUAUGAUAGGAAUCCAGAGGGUGUAGCGCAGAUAACUUUUCGUGAGCCAGAGGAGGCUGAUGAAUGUAUAAAACUCCUAAACGGCCGUUGGUUUGGUCAACGAAAAAUUUCUGCUGAAACUUGGGAUGGUAAAACUAAAUAUAAAAUUGUUGAAACUGAUGAAGAAAAACAGAAGAGAUUGCAGGGGUGGAAUAAGUUUUUGGAGGAUGAGAAAGAGAAGAAAGAAGCAUUUGAAAGAGCAAAGGAAAUUGCCGAACACACAUCAGCACCAGUUGAAACAAGUGAGAAACAAAGUGCUGGUGAACAGCAAACUCCACAAACAAAUGAGGAACAUUGAGAGAUAUAAAAUGAAGAAAAAAAAUUACAAAAUGAUACAUUCUUCAGGCAUAAUUUUGAAUGUGAAUGUGAAGGUGCAUUUUGAUAAAUUCAUAUUUUAUUUUAUUUUCAAUAAAAUAAUUUAUUUUCCUACAUGUUUUAGGAACAUGUAACUUUGUACAGUUGUUAAUUAAUUUUGAAGUGCAGAUGUACCUGACAUAUUUCACCUCUUCUCAGUAAUUGUUGUUUAAAAUUACUUUUCAUGAAUUUAAUAGGCAAUGAAGCUGAAGUCUCUAUUGUUAAGAGAACAAAAAUCUGUAGAUUAUUAUUUGCCCUUCUUUUAUGUGUUUAUUUUACUCAGUUAAUAUAUACUGCAGGUCUUCUGCAGUUUGUUUCUAAAGGUUGACGUUUGUUCUUCAUGCAGUGUUAAAAUAAUUAUUGAAAUAUUCCUCAGAUUUGAUAUGUUUUAUAUUGAAUUUCUUGAAACAUUGCAUUGAAUGACAUUGAAUAGAAAAAAUGUAAAUAUAUGAAUAAAUCAUUCU